AUGUAUACCCAUGUAUUGCCAUGUAUAGCCAUGUAUACUUAUGUAAUGCCAUAUAUUGCCAUGUAUUGCCAUGUAUUACCAUGCAUAGCCAUGUAUACCCAUGUAUACCCAUGUAAUGCCAUGUAUUGCCAUGUAUUACUAUGUAUAGCCAUGUAUCACCAUCUAUAGCCAUGUAUAGCCAUAUAUACCCAUGUAAUGCCAUGUAUUGCCAUGUAUUACCAUGUAUUACCAUGUAUACCCAUGUAAUACCAUGUAUUGCCAUGUAUUACCAUGUAUACCCAUGUAUAGCCAUGUAAUGCAAUGUAUAGCCAUGUAUAGUUAUGUAUUACCAUGUAUAGCCAUGUAUUGCCAUGUAUUACCAUGUAUCGCCAUGUAUCACGAUGUAUAGCCAUGCAAUGCCAUGUAUUACCAUGUAUUACCAUGUAUACCCAUGUAAUACCAUGUAUUGCCAUGUAUUACCAUCUAUAGCCAUGUAUAGCCAUGUAAUGCCAUGUAUUACCAUGUAUAGCCAUGUAUAGCCACGUAAUGUUAUGUAUACCCAUGUAUAGCCAUGUACAGCCAUAUAUACCCAUGUAAUGCCAUGUAUUACCAUGUAUACCCAUGUAUCACCAUGUAUAGCCAUGUAUACCUAUGUAAUGCCAUGUAUUGCCAUGUAUUACCAUGUAUAGCCAUGUAUUACCAUGCAUUACCAUGUAUUGCCAUGUAUUACCAUGUAUAGCCAUGUAUACCUAUGUAAUGCCAUGUAUUGCCAUGUAUUACCAUGUAUAGCCAUGUAUUACCAUGUAUUACCAUGUAUUGCCAUGUAUUACCAUGUAUCGCCAUGUAUCACCAUGUAUAGCCAUGUAUAGCCAUGUAAUGCCAUGUAUUGCCAUGUAUUACAAUGUAUACCCAUGUAAUACCAUGUAUUGCCAUGUAUUACCAUGUAUAACCAUGUAUAGCCAUGUAAUGCCAUGUAUAGCCAUGUAUUAUUAUCUAUAGCCAUGUAUAGCCAUGUAAUGCCAUGUAUUACCAUGUAUAGCCAUGUAUAGCCAUGUAAUGUUAUGUAUACCCAUGUAUAGCCAUGUAUAGCCAUAUAUACCCAUGUAAUGCCAUGUACUACCAUGUAUACCUAUGUAUCACCAUGUAGAGCCAUGUAUACCUAUGUAAUGCCAUGUAUUGCCAUCUAUUACCAUGUAUAGCCAUGUAUUACCAUGUAUUGUCAUGUAUUACCAUGUAUAGCCAUGUAAUACCAUGUAUUACCAUGUAUAGCCAUGUAUAGCCAUGUAUAGCCAUGUAUUACCAAGUGUAGGCAAGUAUUGCCAUGUAUUACCAUGUAUUGUCAUAUAUUACCAUGUAUAGCCAUUUAUAGCCAUGUAAUGCCAUGUAUAGCCAUGUAUUAUGUAUAGCCAUGUAUAGCCAUGUAAUGCCAUGUAUUACCAUGUAUAGCCAUGUAUAGCCAUGUAAUGUUAUAUAUACCCAUGUAUAGCCAUGUAUAGCGCCAUAUAUACCCAUGUAAUGCCAUGUAUUACCAUGUAUAGCCAUGUAUACCCAUGUAUAUGCCAUGUAUUACCAUGUAUAUUGCCAUGUAUUACCAUGUAUAGCCAUGUAUACCUAUGUAUACCCAUGCCAUGUAUGUAUUACCAUGUAUUGCCAUGUAUGUAGCCAUGUAUUGCCAUGUAUUACCAUGUGCAAUGUAUUGCCAUGUACCAUGUAAUGCCAUGUAUACCAUGUAUGUAUAUAUGUAUAUGCCAUGUAUAGCCAUGUAUUACCAUGUAAGCCAUGUAUAGCCAUGUAUACCCAUGUAAUGCCCAUGUAUUACCAUGUAUAGCCAUGUAUCACCACCAUGUAUUGCCAUGUAUUAUUGCCAUGUAUUGCCCAUGUAUACCAUGUAUAUAUGCCAUGUAUAUUGCCAUGUAUUACCAUGUAUUACCAUGUAUAUAGCCAUGUAUACCCAUGUAAUGCCAUGUAUACCCAUGUAAUACCAUGUAUGUAUAUUGCCAUGUAUUACCAUGUAUAGCCAUGUAUACCACCCAUGUAAUGCCAUGUAUAGCCAUGCCAUGUAUAUGCCAUGUAUUACCAUGUAUAGCCAUGUAUUACCAUGUAUAGCCAUGUAUAGCCAUGUAAUGCCAUGUAUAGCCUUGUAUUACCAUGUGCCAUGUAUUACCAUGUAUAGCCAUGUAUAGCCAUGUAUUGCCAUGUAUUAGCCAUGUAUUACCCAUGUAUAGCCAUGUAUUGCCAUGUACAGCCAUGUAUUACCAUGUAUAGCCAUGUAUAGCCAUGUAUUGCCAUGUAUUGCCAUGUAUCCAUGUAUUACCAUGUAGCCAUGUAUUACCAUGUAUUGCCAUGUAUUACCAUGUAUUACCAUGUAUAUAUGCCAUGUAUUACCAUGUAUAGCCAUGUAUUACCAUGUAUGCCAUGUAUUACCAUGUAUAGCCAUAUAGCCAUGUAUGUAUGCCAUGUAUGUACCAUGUAUUGCCAUGUAUACCCAUGUAUGCCAUGUAUUUGCCAUGUAUACCCAUGUAUUGCCAUGUAUUACCAUGUAUAGCCAUGUAUUACCAUCUAUUGCCAUGUAUAGCCCCAUAUAAUGCCAUGUAUAGCCAUGUAUUGCCAUGUAUUGCCAUGUAUUGCCAUGUAUUGCCAUGUAUUACUAUGUAUUACCAUGUAUUGCCAUGUAUUACCAUGUAUUACCAUGUAUAGCCAUUUAUAGCCUUGUAUAGCCAUGUAUUGCCAUGUAUUACGACGUAUUGCCACGUAUUACCAUGUAUACCCAUGUAUCGCCAUGUAUCACCAUGUAUAGCCAUGAAUAGCAAUGUAUACGUAUGUAAUGCCAUGUAUUGCCAUGUAUUACCAUGCACAGCCAUGUAUAGCCAUGUAUACCCACGUAAUGCCAUGUAUAGCCAUGUAUUACCAUGUAUCGCCAUGUAUCACCAUGUAUAGCCAUGUAUUGCCAUGUAUUACCAUGUAUUGCCAUGUAUUACCAUGUAUUACCAUGUAUACUCAUGUAAUACCAUGUAUUGUCAUGUAUUACCAUGUAUAGCCAUGUAUACCCACGUAAUGCCAUGUAUAGCCAUGUAUUACCAUGUAUAGCCAUGUAUUGCCAUGUAUUACCAUGUAUAGCCAUUUAUAGCAAUGUAAUGUUAUGUAUAGCUAUGUAUAGCCAUGUAAUGCCAUGCAUUACCAUGUAUAGCCAUGUAUAGCCAUGUAAUGUUAUGAAUAGCCAUGUAUUACAAUGUAUAUCCAUGUAUUGCCAUGUACAGCCAUGUAUUACCAUGUAUUGCCAUGUAUUACCAUGUAUUACCAUGUAUUGCCAUGUAUUACCAUGUAUACCCAUGUAAUACCAUGUAUUGUCAUGUAUUACCAUGUAUAGCCAUGUAUAGCCAUGUAAUGCCAUGUAUAGCCAUGUAUACCCACGUAAUGCCAUGUAUAGCCAUGUAUUGCCAUGUAUUACCAUGUGUGGCCAUGUAUUACCAUGUAUAGCCAUUUAUAGCAAUGUAAUGUUAUGUAUAGCCAUGUAUAGCCAUGUAAUGCCAUGCAUUACCAUGUAUAGCCAUGUAUAGCCAUGUAUUACAAUGUAUAUCCAUGUAUUGCCAUGUACAGCCAUGUAUUACCAUGUAUUGCCAUGUAUUACCAUGUAUACCCAUGUAUUGCCAUACAUACCCAUGUAUUGCCGUGUAUUACCAUAUAUAGCCAUGUAUAGCCAUGUAUACCUGUGUAAUGCCAUGUAUUGCCAUGAAUUACCAUGUAUAGCAGUGUAUUGCCAUGUAUUUCCAUGUAUUGCCAUGUAUUACCAUGUAUCGCCAUGUAUCACCAUGUAUAGCCAUGUAUACCCAUGUAAUGCCAUGUAUUACCAUGUAUAGCCUUGUAUACCCAUGUAAUGCCAUGUAUUACCAUGUAUAGCCAUGUAUACCCAUGUAAUGCUAUGUAUUGCCAUGUAUUACCAUUUAUAGCCAUAUAUAGCCAUGUAUUGCCAUGUAUUACCAUGUAUCGCCAUGUAUUACCA